AUGCGCAUAACACUGCGCACCUUGCAUGGAAGCCGAUAGCGCCUAUGGAGACAUGAAUGUCACGAAUGAAAAUAUUGGUGCUUAAACAGUAAAGACAUUACUUUAAAUUGCUAUUUCAAUUUGAAGCCUACAUCGGAUGUAUUGGGCUACUUGUUAGACAGGCAAAAAUCAUCAGAAGACCUUAAAGUGUAUAUUGUUAUUCAUCAACUUUCUAACCGCUUGUGCUAUUGGAAACUGUCAAAAGUUGUUCAUAUUAUUAAGUUGUGUAAAGUAUUAAGUUGUGACUGUGCAUACACUUUUGAACAAGAAAAUGGCAUUUAAUGUGAUAAAAAUAAAAAAAUCAGUUCACAGCGGAUAGUGGAACAGAAACUUGUGAGAAACAGGGGGCCAGUACGCUGCGUCAGCCCCCCCCUUGGAUCUGCCUACGAAGAGUACUGAUGAGAUUUCCACACGAAAAAGGAUGACAUCCACCACAGGUCAGCUGCAGCGAAAGGGCAGUGCGGACAAGACGAUCCCGCACACCCGCCUCGAGGACGAGACCAUGAUCUGGGAGAUGUACGAGAACGUCAGAAAACUGGGUCAGGGCUCGUUUGGAAAGGUCUAUCAGGUGCGCCACAAGUCCACCAACGUCAUGUGGGCCAUGAAGUUUGUCAAUAAGGACAAGGCUGGAGGGUCAGGAAUCAAACUGUUGGAGAGGGAGGUGGCCAUCUUGAAGCGGGUGUCACACCCCAACAUCAUACAGCUCAACGAAGUCUUUGAAACAUCAAAGAGAAUGUGCCUUGUAAUGGAACUGUGUACAGAGGGCGAGCUGGCCGAUACGCUCAAGGAACGAAAAUUCUUCGUGGAGAGCCAAGUUAGACUCAUCACUAAAGAACUAGCAAGUGCAAUAGCCUACCUGCAUAAAAACGAUAUAGUGCACCGGGAUCUUAAAUUAGAAAAUAUUCUUGUCAGUAAAUCUGCGUCACCAUCAAAUCCAGAAGACAGCCUACAAAUCAAGGUUACAGAUUUUGGAUUGUCUAUUACGAAGUCAGGAGUGGGUCAUGAUAAUAUGAUGCAGGACUUCUGCGGAACUCCAAACUACAUGGCACCUGAGAUUAUCGAUAACAAGAUGUACAGUCAGCAGUGUGAUGUGUGGGCCCUUGGGGUUAUAGUUUAUACAUUAUUCUGUGGUGUUCCACCGUUCAGGUCUAAAGACGAGGAGAACCUAUAUGAGCUUAUCAAGAAGGGAGAUUUGGACUUCACGUCUAGUGACGUGUGGGAGGAGGUCUCGGACGAAGCCAAAGACUGUAUACGAGGUAUGCUGAUCGUAGAUCCAGCCCAUCGAUUUACAGCGGGAGAAAUACUUAGCCAUCACUGGAUUACGGGUGACAGCGAAAGUAAGUCAACCAAUGUCUUGAAACUGAUGAGGGAAUGGAAGGACGACAUAAAACAAGAGAGAGAUGUGGCUGACAACGACAACAGUGCAAUAAACGGGGUCAUCUCAGGACCGUCCGAGGAGGGACAUAACGAGGCCAAUAACAACGAGGCAGACCACUCCACAGAGAGGACGGGGUCAGGGGGAACCAAGAAACCUGGCUCAGAAGGAAAGAGCUCAAACAGAGGUUCAGUUGGUCGGUCGUCAACAGGAAGCAUUCCAAAGACAACAGGGAACUCCCUGAAGAUUCCGGGUACAACCCCACGGGCCAACAAUACCCGGUCACCCAUGCAAAGCAAGGUGACCUCCAGUGGGGCCAGUCAACCCCGGGCUACCCCCCAACCCCUUAGGAACACUGCAGGCACACCCAUGGGCUUACGGGCCACAGCCACUCCCACACCUAACAAACUAAACACACAGUCUAGACCCACUACAAAAGGAAAUCCUUCGAAAAAAUAAUGCAAAACAGAGAGAUAUCAUCUUGAAAACUAAAGUGAACAUCAUUUCAGGUUUGCUGAAUGUGAUCAAACUGCUGUUAUUAAAGUGUAUUUCAAAAGAAAAUGAUCAAAGAAAAAGGUUUUGCUGCCUAUAAGUGUUUUAUAGCCUCAAGAGCUGAUGACUGGUUGCUAGUGAUAAAACUGAAACAUUCUGCUUCAUAAACUAAGUUGAUAUACAACUGGCGACCAAUAUUCAGCUGUCUAAUGCAAGGUUCACGUAAUCAUGGGUAUUUUUCGACAUCAUUACUUUGACAUGCUGCAUUUGACUGACAGAUAGAACUGUGACCCAUCUACAAAGUUUUCACGAAAACAGGACUCGAGUGAAAUAAUAAGUUAAAGUGUUUUAUAUGUUUGAAGCUUCAGCAUUAUUUAAACUCAGCUUAUC